AUGCGAAGACCUCAUAAUGGUGAUGGAUUUGGCAUUGGAUACUAUACCGACGCCAAACUUGGCCCCGAACCCUGCGUCUUCACAUCGACCAUACCUGCGUGGAACUGCGUCAAUCUACAACGUAUCGCUUCUAAAACUGCUUCCCAUCUGAUCUUCGCCCAUGUACGAGCUACAACCGAGGGAUCUCUAAGCGAUGAUAACUGCCACCCCUUCUAUCAUCGAAGUCUGAUGUGGAUGCAUAAUGGUGGCCUAGGUGGCUGGAAGCAGAUCAAACGAAGUUUGGGUCAGCGUUUGGCAGAUAAAUGGUACCUCGGCGUGAAAGGCGGUACAGACAGUGAAUGGGCGUUUGCUCUGUACCUCGAUACUCUUGAACGAAUGGGCCACAACCCUAGCUUUCCUCCAGCAACUGGUUUCGGCCCUACCAUCCUCCGCCAAGCAAUGUUGAAGACAAUCGAACAAAUCAAUGAGUUCAUUGCCGACAUUCCAGAAGAUGUGGUUAGAGAUGAAAAGGUUGAUACUAGAAGUCUGUUGAAUUUUGCCAUCACCGACGGACAUAGUGUUGUCUGCACUCGGUAUGUGAGCAGUUGCACUGAUGAAGCUGCUAGCUUGUAUUACUCCUCUGGUACUACCUGGGAGGACAAGAGCAGCAAGGGUGAAUAUCAGAUGGACCGUAGAGACAAGGGUGCAGACAUUGUUCUGGUGGCUAGCGAACCAUUGACCUUUGAGCGAGAAAGCUGGGUUACAGUACCUACCAAUUCAACGUUGACCAUCCACAAGCAGACUGUCAUGGUUCAUCCGAUAAUCGACGAGUAUUAUAACCACAAUCCGUACCAUUCUCGGUCAUCGCAAUACGUCCAAGACAAAGGUCUUGUCACUAGUGAGAAGAGUGUCACACGCACGGGCACCCCUAGCCUCCCAAAUGGCAAGAAAUCAGCUCUGUCGGCCUCUCUUCACGAGAAUAUAGCAGGCACCUUACUUCCUUCCAUGCACAAUCGAUCCGCGUCUCCCGCACUGUCUCCUGCCAACGAGAACACUCCUCGUUACGUGUCUGCACUAUCAGACCUCCGUUAUCUGACCUCCGUGCCAAAUCUACAUCCACAGGAGCCAAGAGUCAUGGAGCAGGGCAACACUAAGAAGAAGAGAACUUCAAUUUCGGCCGAAGAUCAAUUGAAUGCCCAACAUCAGCCGGUAGUACCGCAGCAGCCAGAAGUACCCGACUCUCCACCAGCGAGAACUUUUGGGGAUCCCAGCAAGAUUGCGCAGUACUUUCCAGAAGUAAGUUAA